AUGGCUCCUGGUCGUGCAAAGUUUCCAGCCAAGAAACCACAAAAACAUCGACCAGUAGCGGCAGAACAACCAUUGCAUCCAUAUGAAGUGGAGCGCCUCCAACAAUGUAUGAGGAACAAAGCAAGGCUAAAAGAAUUUGGAAUUCAUGAUCUAGUCGAUGUGCUUUCAAAUGCAAAUUCUAUUGCUCACAAGAAGAAUAAGCUAAAUUGCAGAAAUAGAGAAAACUCAGAGGAUGACCAAGUUGAAGAAGUCUGCAACUUUGAUGGCCACACACAUGCUACAGCUGAAGCUAAUGUACCUGCCCUUUUUGAUGAUAACAACCACAUGACCAAUGAACUUCAUGCCAUUGCUCCCUCUGAUGGGCACAACCAGAUGGGUAACGAAGAUAAUGGACAUGUCCAGAUUGAGGAUAACAUGACUAUUGGAGGUGAGGCUACUACUAAUCUUGGUGUCCAUGUACAACUUGUUGAAAAUGAUCGAAGGGAGAGAGGAGUGAAUAUGGGACAUGGUCUUGAGAAGAUGAGUCGAGCUAUGCAUGGGAAGCUACAAAUUGUUAUUCCUGAAGGGGGGAUAAGGCCCGUGGCACCUUUUGCAGCUGCUAAGUUUGCAACCGAAUGCAAUAUUGCAGUCAGGAACCAUAUGCCGGUGUUAAAACAUUGGAAGGAUUAUAAGAAGAAUUCUGCUCUUUUACAACAAUUUAGAGGAACACUUAAAGCAAAGUUUGAUAUCAAUACCAAUGAUGCAUCUGUUCAAAAAGCCUGUUCUGGCAUGAUGAAGAAUGCAAUCAGUCAACAACAUCACAGGCUUAAAAUGCAAUAUUUUGAUCCUUUUCCAUUGCAUUUGGUGAGCAAAUCUUUUCCUAUCAAAUCAAUGACUGAUGAACAAUGGAAUGAGCUUGUAGAAUCUUGGAAGAGACCAAAAAAGAUGGAGACAUGUCAAAAGAACAAAAACAACCGAUCUAAUGUGAAGCACCACCACACAACUGGUUCUCGUAAUUACCCAGUUCAUGUAGAAAAUUUGGGAGACAAAUAUAUUGAUCAUGAACCUGAUGCAUUGGAGUUGUUCAAGGAGUGUCACUAUAGCAAGAAAAAGAAAGGGUUCACACUUGAUGUACAAUUAGCCAUAUCUGAAAUGGAAACUAGAUUGUCUGCAUCAAGAGAAGGUGAACAAUCUUUGUCUCCUACUAAGGUUGUUGCUGAUGUGCUUGCUGAGAAAACAAAGAAGAGUUCAUUUCUAAAGAAUAUUGGGAUUCGUAAUGCAUGCUCUAGGCCUAGCAUAAGAAGCAUCGAAGCGCAACUUGAAGUGGAGAAAAGGGCAAAUGAUGACCUUCGAGCUGUUGUUGAUGCCCAACGUGAACAAUUGGAUUUGCUAUCAAAGCAAGUGAAAGAAACAGAACAGGGAAGAAUUAGAGAGCAAGAUGAAAUGAAGAAGAAACAAGCUGAGAUGGAAGCAAAGCUCCAGCUUGUGCUAAGUCAGAUCAAGUCAACUUGA